AUGGUCAUGCAUGGAUUCCAAGAGCUAAACACUAUCACUAGUAGUAACAUACCAAACGCCACACUCAGCAGCAGCAGUAGCAGUAGUAGUAGUAGCAGCAGUAGCAUUAGCAGCAGUGGCAGCAGUAGCAGCAGCAGUAGCAGUAGCAGUAGCAGCAGCACUAGUAGCAGCAGUGACAGCAGUAGCAGCAGCAACAGCAGUAGCAGCACUAGUAGCAGCAGUGACAGCAGCAGCAGCAGCAGUAGCAGUAGCAGCAGCAGUAGCAGCAGUAGUAGCAGUAGCAGUAGCAGCACAGCAGCAGGAGUGUCAGCAACAGUAGAAGCAUUAGUAGCAGCAGCAGUAUUAGCAGUAGCAGAAACAGAAUUAGCAGUAGCAAUAUCAGCAACGGAAUUAGCAGUAGCAGUAGCAGAAACAGUAAUAGCAGUAGCAGUAGCAGCAGUAUUAGUAGUAGCAGUAGCAACAGAAUUAGCAGCAGCAACAGAAUUAGCAGCAGCAGCAGCAGCAGCAGCAGCAGCAGUAUUAGCAGUAGCAGAAGCAGCAGCAGUAGCAACAAAAUAUGAAGUAUGA